AUGGAAAGCAACAUACCAGUACUAGCGAAGAAAGUGUGGAACAUGGUACGCGUGGUUUUCUUCAUGUUGAGAAAAGGAAUAUCAAAGGGGAAACUAAUGAUGGACCUAAACAUGAUGCUCAAACGCCGCGGAAAGAUUGCCGGAAAAGCCAUUGCCAACCUAAUGUUCCACCACCACCACCACGGCGGCUCCACCUCAAGCCGCCGCUCGCACGACUCACACUUACAAUUCUCCGCUCCAAGGGAGUACGAGUUCAGCUGCAGCAACACUCCCAACAACUUCUUCCCCAUAGGGAAACGCCACCGUCACGGCCACAACCACGGUCACUUCUUCACGUGUGCCCACGCGCCUCCCACGCGUGACGACGAGGUGGUGACGGUGAACGCAGUGAAAGCGGUGCUUGAGAUGCUGAACAAUGAGGUUACCGUAGAAGCGUCCCCUGCACUGCCAGGGUUUGGGCGUAGCCCUAUGGUGAGGCAAUUAAGGGUCACGGAUUCGCCGUUUCCUCUGCGUGACACGGAGGAUGAGAAAGACAACCAGGUUGACAAGGCGGCGGAAGAGUUUAUAAAGAGAUUUUACAAGGAUUUGAGGAAGCAGAAUUAA